UACAUGUUUGCCUACGAAGAUGCAGAAGAAGCUCUCACGCUUGACCCUGUUAACAUCGCUGCCUAUUACCUUACGGUUGAAUCUUUAAUUAGACGAUGUGAUUACAAGACUGCAUGGGAACAGUUAGAAGAGGCACUUAAAAUAGAGCCAGCCAAUUCCGACCUUCUUCGUAAGCGUGAUGAGUUGCAUUCUAUCGAGUCUACUCAAAGAACAAUGCAAAACUCGGAUAAAAAGCCCGAUGAACCGUAUAUAAUUGAGGCACACAUUAAUCGACAUCAGAAAAAAUAUGAUAAAUCAAUCAACCUUUACACAAAAGCCGCUGAGACAGGAAACGCCGAGGCGUUGUAUAAUCUUGCACUUCUAUAUAGACAAGGCCAUGGUUGCAAAAUUGAUUUUAAUAAAGCCCUAGAGUAUCUGAACAAGGCUGUGUCACAACCUCUUUUUAUAGACGGGAAAACUCCUUGCCCCGGUGUUGCACUAGCGCACAAUUCUCUAGCAAACCAUUAUCGUAAUGGACUUGGCAUAAAACAAGAUUUAAAUAAGGCUUUUAAACAUUAUAAACUUUCGAUCGAUGGAGGAGAACCAGCUGGAAUGAAUAAUCUUGCAGCUGCCGAAUUAUACACCCGAGCAGCCGAUAAAAACUUUCCUAUGGCGCAAUAUGAGCUUGGAGUUAUUUACUCUAAUAAUUAUUCUCCUCACGUUGAAAAGAAUAUUCAAUUAGCGAAAAGAUGGUUUAGAAAAGCGGCGGAAAACGAUUUUCCUGAUGCAAUGGUCGAGUUAUUAAAACUAGAAUAUUCGUCUAUCGAAGAGCUUAUAGUAGCAGCAGAAACUGGAGGAGUAAGGGAAACAUUUAUUUUAGGAGUUGCGCUCGAAAAAGGAAUUAAUGUAAUUGAGCCAGAUAUUGAGUUUGCACUAAAGUUAUUUGAAGACGCAGCAAAAAGGGGAUUUAAUGCAGCUCAACUUCGGCUUGGAGAUUUAUACCUUAAUAGCUUAACUAAUUCAAGAGAUGAAGAACAAAUCCAUAAAGGUAUAAAAUAUAUUAGUGAGGCUGCACAAUCCGAAUAUCCUCCGGCACAAUUCAGGCUUUCUGAAUUUUAUCAGUUUGGCGAAUACGGGUUUAAAAAAAAUAUAGAUAAGGCUCUCAGCUGGCGUAUUCGAGCCAUUGAAAAUGGAUUUUAUUUAGACGACAGUGACUUUAAUGAAACUAAUAUUGAUUUCGAAAAGAAUGCUAAAGUUAUACGAGAGUGGGAGAUUUCACAAAACAUUAACGAUACAGAGUUUAUAGGUCGUAAAGAUCGUUUCAAUAGAUAUGCUUUAUCAAAAUUAGAGGAAAAGGCGUCUAUAAGGGGUGCAGAUCACGCUAAAGAUGCGGUUGCGGCAGGAAAAAAGUUCUUUAGCUUAAUAGAUAAA